GACAACAUGUCCGGUCUCGAAGUUGCAGGUGUAGUAUUAGGGGCCAUUCCCCUUGUUAUAUCUGCACUAGAGCAUUACGGCGACGGCAUCCGGACGAUGAAGAACAUGAGAAACUACGCCAUCGUGUUCGACGACUAUAGUACUCAGCUUGAUGCAUCUAUUGGCAUAUAUACGAACACAUGCUACGAGUUGCUUGGCCCGUUGAACCUCCCAGACAGCCAGAUGAAAGCUCUACUAAGCGAGCGUCGAGCGGAAGCUUGGGCAGACAAGGAUUUGCAAGUCGCACUCAAAUCCCGCUUAGGUGACAAUCAUCAUAGAUACGCGUCGCUGCAAAACAAAUUGAACAAACGCAUCGUUCUCUUCUGCGAAAAGCUGAAGUUGGGGAGGAAUGGCGAACCACCAUGGAUUUCAGGAGACGGAACCGUGGACGAGAAGGCCCGCAAGAAGUUUUUUAAAAGCUUCUGGCUGAAGACAAGAGGUGGUUUCAACACUGAAAAAUAUGGGUCUCUGCUCGCAGACAUUGAUCGUGAUAUCGAGAAGCUUUCGAAAUUGACCAGCGGCGCCAUACAGCUUGAGCCAAUAAAGACGGAGAAGAGAAACAGAAGCCAGUCUGCAUACUGGCAGAAUAUCCGGGAUCAGGCUCAACGUCUUUUCGAUAGCCUCAGUUCACGGUUUUCACCAUGCUCUUGCACGCACCCUCACCAAGCCAACCUGCGUUUGGAUAUUCGGAGAAGCCAAGGAGUGGACAACGCGACAAGAUUUGCUUUUUUAUUGACGUUUGAGAAGACACUCCCAUCUGGUCUGUCACCCCCAUGGGAUUGGAGAGACAUUGAAAUCGAGUGUUCCCAGCCAACUUCAGUUACCGUCGGCUCACUUCAAGUCGAGACGCCAGGAAAGAAAACCGCACGUUUCGCGCCAGCCAUAACUGUAUCACCCUCAUCUCAACCCCCAAAUACGCGUUCACCCUCGCCAGGGCUCACUAAAAUUAUCGAUAGUCUUUGCAGGGCAUUGUCGGUAGCUCAUCAACAGGAUGGGUGUCUGGGGGUACUUGAGGAUGACACCUGUCAACAUCAUGUAUACUCAGUGACCGGACCUGGCUCAGAAGCUCUGAUAUCGGAAGCGACUUCGAUGAACGAUAUAAUAAAUGCCGCUCAAAAUAUCGUACCCCGUCAAAAGUGCAUGUUGGCGUUGACUCUUGCGUCGUCUGUGCUACAAUUGCAUGAUACUCCCUGGCUUCCGCGCGCCUGGGAGACAAAAGACAUAUUCUUCCUCAAGACCCACAGCGGUAGCAUGAUUCCCUCGCAAUUCUACGUUUCACAAACGUUCACAUCAGCUUCGCAAGUUGCCGCUGCCGCCAAACGACGCCGGCUAGUGAACAACGAGACAGUCUUUGCCCUUGGAGUCGCCCUCCUAGAACUGGCCCACGGUGCUCCUAUUCUGUCGUUUAAGGAACCGGGUGAUCUCAAUGAGGAUGGUAAAGAAGACAGCAUGACGGAAGUCACAAUUGCAUCCCGGCUGGCGAGACAACUGAACAGUUACGAAUCGGAGAAUUAUGCGCGAGCAGUGCUGAGGUGUAUUACGUGUACGUUCGAUACGUUUGCGUCUGAUUUUACCGAUCAGGAAUUCCGAGAAGCCUUUUUCCAGGCUGUUGUUGUCCCUCUACAAGAAGAUUAUGAACAUGCAACAGGAAAGAAAUUAUAG